AUGGGUGAACAAGAGAUUUGUCGCUGUUCUGGAAUACGGUAUUGUAAGCAUUGUAUAGAUUCUGAUAGGGUCCAGGCGGUUAUUAAAGAAAAUGCCCUGCUUACUAAAUCUGCUGAUGUCAUUUCUAAACAGUAUGGAGUAGAGAGGACUUCGUCUUGCUCUUUUGCUGUGGUAGGACCAAGUCGUUUUUCGCUUUGUCCUCAUUGUAAUACUGUUUUUCCAAUGAUUAAUGAAGUUUUGAAAAAUUGUGAAGAUCAUAAGACACUUGUCCCUGUUUCUGAUAUAAAUCUUGAAGGGUUAUUUGUAGUUCCAGAGGCUGUAUCUGUUUCAGAAGAAAAGGAAUUAAUUGACUUUUUUGAUAACCCAUCACCUUUUCCACCUUGGAAACUUUCUCAGAGUGGAAGAAGAAAGCAAGAUUUUGGACCAAAAGCUAAUUUUAAAAAACAAAAACUUAAACCUUCUGAUCUACCAGGAAUGCCGAAACAAUUGAAAAAAAUUUUGGAGAAAAUUUCUUUUUUGGUUGAACAACAAACUAAGAAAGAAUAUUGUAUUGUAGAAGCUUCGGUUUUAGAGUAUACACGUGAAAGUAAUAGCAGCAUAGAUCCUCACGUUGAUGAUACUUGGGUAUGGGGUAAUCGUAUAGCUGGUUUAAAUAUGUUAGAAGAUACGAUUAUGACUUUUAUUAAUAGUGAGGAAAAAGCUGUUGACCUUUACAUACCUCGUGGAGCUUUUUUCCUACUUUCUGAUGAAAGUCGUUAUAACUGGAUGCAUGGAAUUCGUUUGAAUAAUAUAAAAAAUCGUCGUGUUUCAAUUACUUUUCGGGAAUUAUCUGAAAAAUUGGAUGUGAGUUCUGAAGUGGUAGAAUACAUAAAAAAGAUGUCUUUGACAUUUGUAUAA